AUGUGGAAAGCUUUCAAUAGGAAGCGUAUUGGUUAUGCCGGUGUUUUAUUAGCCACGGGAGCAGCCUCUUACCAUUUUUAUAAUGAAACUACGCUUAAAAAACGUCGCUUACAACCAUAUAGACGACACCUUGCUACCUUUUCGCCAGAUCUCUUCAUGUCCGAAACGCAUUCAGACGCGUUAAACACGGUUCAACUUGAGGCUUCAUCAAAUAAACCUCAUACUUUAUGGACUCCUCCUUCAAGAGGGGAAUUGCUAAACAUGCUCAAAGGACACAAGGAUGAACCACCUUUUGAUAUUCUGAUCAUAGGUGGUGGAGCCACGGGAUCAGGCGCGGCGCUUGAUGCUGCUACAAGGGGAUUAAAGGUUGCAUUAGUGGAAAGAGACGACUUUGCAGCUGGAACUUCCUCUCGUUCUACAAAACUUGUUCACGGUGGUGUUCGGUAUUUAGAGAAGGCUGUAAAAGAACUUGAUUACGGACAAUACAAACUUGUAAAAGAAGCACUUCAUGAGCGUUACACAUUUUUACAAAUUGCACCAUAUCUAAGUUACCAAUUGCCAAUCAUGUUGCCUAUCUACAAGUGGUGGCAAGUCCCCUAUUUUUGGUUUGGUUCCAAGUUUUAUGACAAGCUUGCUGGAAGAGAGGCUAUUGAAAGUUCUUAUUUUUUGACACGUGGUAAAGCGCUUGAGGCCUUUCCAUGGUUGAAUAAAAACAAACUAGUCGGUGCAAUGCAUAAUGAUGCUCGUAUGAAUGUAGCGAUUGCUUUAACAGCAAUUUCACUUGGUGCUGUCGUUGUUAAUCAUGUGGAAGCAACAAGGUUGAUAAAAAAUGAAGACGGAAAGGUCAGCGGUGCAUGUUUAAGGGAUACUCUAACUGGAGAAGAAUGGACGAUAAACACUAAAGGUGUUAUAAAUGCUACCGGUGCAUUUACAGAUAGCAUUCGUUCGAUGGACAAUGUUAAAAAUGAUAAUAUUGUUGCUCCUUCUUCUGGAGUACAUGUUAUUUUACCAAAUUAUUAUAGUCCUCGAAAAAUGGGAUUACUUGAUCCGUCAACUUCUGAUGGAAGAGUUAUUUUCUUUUUACCUUGGGAAGGAAAUACUAUUGCAGGUACAACUGAUUCACCAACAGAAUUAACGUAUGACCCGAUGCCAAAAGAAGAAGAAAUACAAUGGAUAUUAGAUGAAAUUAGGCGAUAUUUAAGCCCGGAUAUAAAGGUUCGUCGAGGUGACGUAUUGGCCGCAUGGUCAGGUAUAAGACCUUUGGUGCGUGAUCCUUCUGCAAAAAACACUGCUGGGUUAGUGCGAAGUCACAUUAUUCACGUCAGUGAUUCUAAUUUAAUCACUGUUGCUGGUGGUAAAUGGACGACAUAUCGUGCUAUGGCUAAGGAUGCAAUCGAUAAAGCUAUUGAUGUGUUUGAAUUGAAACCUAUAAACGAAUGUCUUACAGAAACGGCCAAGCUUAUUGGCUCUCAUGGAUAUUCAAAAACUAUGUUCAUUAAGCUAAUUCAACAAUUCGGUUUGGAAACUGAAACCGCUCAACAUUUAGCAAAUAGUUAUGGAGAUCGUGCGUGGGCGGUCGCCGCACUAUCAAAACCUACAGGAAAACGAUGGCCGGUAUUUGGUCAACGUUUAAGUCCAUUCUAUCCAUAUAUCGAAGCUGAAGUACGUUAUGCUGUUCGUCGAGAAUAUGCUUGUACUUUAGUGGAUGUUAUUGCGCGUCGCACAAGGUUAGCCUUUCUUAAUGCUCAAGCAACCCUUGAAUCUCUACCUUACAUUAUUGAAAUAAUGAGCGAAGAACUUGGGUGGACACCUGAAAAGCAAAUUCAAGAAUUCGAUAAAGCCACCGAAUUUUUGUUCACUAUGGGAUUACCUCGUCCAAAAGAAAAGUUGACCAUAAACAAAGUUCAAAUUGAAUCUGCUAAAAGUUCAGAGCAUGAAGACAUUUAUUCCCGUUCACGAUUUCAACCAGAAGAAUUGGCUAGUUUCCAAAAAGUCUUUUCAGAAUUGGAUGUGUCAGGCGACGGGCGUAUCAAGACGGCCAAUAUAGACAAGGCUUUAGCGUUUGUUGGAUAUUCUAUACCUGGAAACGUGUUGAAUUCUAUUAUGACCGAUGCGAAAUUGGAUGAAAGUGAUUCCAUAGAAUUUGAAGAAUUUUUAGAGAUCAUGAGUGGUGUGAAAGAUUUGAAAGAGUCACAAUUUAAGAAUGCAUUGUUUGAUCAUCAACCUGACAAACACGAGCAAAAGAGAAUUCCAAUUGAAAGAUCAUCUGGUGGCGUUUAG